AUGCUUCCGCCGCAGAGAUUUGGCCCCGUACGCGAGGUGGUGCAGAUCCACCGUCCGGACCCACAGCUGCGGGCCCAGGUAGGCGGCCUUGCCGUUCCACACGCCGAGGAAACAUGCGGAUCUGGUGCGGCCGGAGGUGUUGCAGCACGCGGAAAGAAUUCCCGGUGGCCCAGGGGCGGUAGCGGGUCGCUGGGCGAGGGCAACGAGGUGAAUGGCGAUUGGGGCGGCGCCUGA